AUGGGGGCUAUUUGCCCGGGCCGGGUCACGCCCUACCUCGUCUACCUCGACCACGCGCACGCCGACAUCGUGCUCGCGCUGCGCGGCUUCAACCUCGGCCGCGAGUCCGACUACGCGCUGCUCCUCGACAACCGCCUCGGCAAGCGCUGCUUCGACGGGGGCUACGUCCACAACGGCCUCCUCCGCGCCGCCGGCUGGGUGCUCGACAGGGAGUGCGACCUGCUCCGGGACCUCCUCGACCGGUACCCCGCCUACACGCUCACCUUCACGGGCCACUCCCUCGGCGCCGGCGUCGCCGCCAUGCUCACCAUGGUCGUCGUGCUCAACCUCGACAAGCUCGGCAAGGUCGAGAGGGGCCGCACCAGGUGCUACGCCAUGGCCCCCGCCCGCUGUAUGUCGCUCAACCUCGCCGUCAGAUACGCCGAUGUCAUCAACUCCGUCGUGCUGCAGGUGACUCACUGAUGACCCAAUUGAUUUGGUUGCUUGCUUGUCUGAAUUUGGUGGUUACAAGUUCAGUUGUAGAAGAAUUUGGGUUACAUGUAGUAUGUCUGAAUUUGGGUUACAUGUAGCUGUCAGACUGAAUUUUGGUGGAUACCUGCUCUGCUUCUGAGUAAGAUAAACAUUGCAUUGCAGAAUCUAGUAUAAUGCCUAUCUGAAUUUUGCUGGGUGCUUCCUUGUUGCUAGAAAUUCAGUUGCAGAAUUUAGUUACAUGCCUAUCUGAAUUUUGUUGGGUGCUCGCCUGCUGCUAAAUUCAGUUAUUACAGAAGUUAGUUACAUGCCUGUCUGAAUUUUGGUGAGUGCUUGCUUCCUGCUAAAAGUUCAGUUGCAUAAUUUAGUUACAUGUCUAUCUGCAUUUUGUUGGGUGCUACUUCUGUCAGAUAAGAAUCUGGUUCAGUUAAAAACUGCACUGUCAAAUCUGGACAGCCAGCUUCUAGGUGAAAAACGAGUUAGUUAUUCUCAGAAUUUCGAGUUGCCUCUAUAUGAAAUUUGUAAAGCAAGUUCCAAGCUUUCCGUAGAGUAUUUAUUUGCGUCGUUUGGAUGUAUGGUUUGAGAGCAGCCAUCGUUUUAGUUUGCUGUCCCGAAAGUUAGUAUCCUGAGCGCAUUGUUUUCAUAUGCCAGUUUACGGCCUUGUAGAGGCUGUUUUAAAAAAAAGUUUCAAUACGAAUUUUUUAGAGGGUUUGUAGUAGAUUGCAAGGCCGAUUUCAGUUUCAGUUUGCUCCACCGCUGUGAAAGGUGGAGGAGCCUAGAUUGCAAGGCCGGUUUCAGUUUCAGUUUCGAUCGAGCCUAGAUUGCAAGCCCGAUUUUAAUACUAGCACUCUCCAUGCAGCUCCUCAAUAAUUGUAGUCAAUUGGUUGGACAGUCUUCUUGUUUUCAUCAUUUUUUUCUAGUUAUAUACGUAGUUGGCUGGGAUUAUAAUGCUAUCUUUGCUUACUGUUAACUGUCCAAAUUGAUGUAGGAAGAUAAACAGUUGUUGAUCGCUUCCACGAUUAGCACCAACUAAGUUUCCUUAGAUGUUUGCACCUUAGAAAGUGGUAUCUGCUUAAUAUGAAGAUCAUUUGUCAGUUCUGUAUCUGUAAUAUUACAAGUAAGAAUGGAUAUUGGCUAUCAAGAGUCUCAACUUUUAUCUCAUUUACUGAAUGCAGACGCAGCAUCUUCACUUCUUUCCUUGCACAUUCCUGUUAAGGAAGCAAAGGUAACCCUGCUAUCCUGGUAUAUACAGAUAGAAUAAAAAUAUAAUACAGUA